CCCUCCUCUUUAACAGUCGAGAUCAUAUGUACCUGCUCUCUUUUGCAUCCCCAACCAUUCAGAAAAUCCACCUGAGUAAAGAGGACACAGCAGAAGACCAAAAAAAGCAUAUUUUCAAGAGCGGAAGUACAGAAUACAGAGAGAACUUUCAAGUCACAGCUGACCAGACAAAGAAGUUUCACUGAAGAACAAGUCCACAGGUCCACAAUGGUGUCUGCUGGGUUACAAAUGCUGGGGGCAGCUCUUGGUGUCCUUGGCUGGAUUGGUGCCAUCAUUGUGUGCGCAAUUCCCAUGUGGAAGGUCUCAGCUUUUAUUGGCAGCAAUAUCAUCACCUCGCAGACCACUUGGGAAGGUAUAUGGAUGAACUGUGUACACCAGAGCACGGGGCAGAUGCAGUGUAAGGUCUACGACUCCAUGCUGGCCCUUAGCUCCGACCUCCAGGCUGCCCGGGCCCUGACCAUCCUUGCCAUUGUGGUAGGCAUCCUGGCUGUCCUGCUAGCUGUAGCCGGGGGUAAGUGCACUAACUGUGUGGAGGAUGAGUCAUCCAAAUCCAAGGUGGGCAUCGCAGCUGGAGUGAUGUUCAUCGCAGGUGGGAUCCUUGUCCUCGUGCCUGUCUGCUGGACAGCCCAUACCAUCAUCCAAAACUUCUACAACCCCCUGUUGGUCAGUGGCCAGAAGAGAGAUAACUUAAAUAUGGCUUCUCAGGGCCUCCAGAUCAUGGGUGUGCUGCUCGCCUUCAUCGGCUGGCUAGGCACCAUUAUCACCUGUGCCAUGCCCAUGUGGAGAGUCACCGCUUUCGUUGGGGCGAACAUCGUCACUGCCCAGGUGAUCUGGGAAGGCUUGUGGAUGAACUGUGUGGUUCAGAGCACGGGCCAGAUGCAGUGUAAAGUGUACGACUCAAUGUUGGCUCUACCUCAAGACCUGCAGGCGGCCAGGGCCAUGGUGAUCAUCUCUGUGAUAGUCGGGGUGUUUGGCGUGCUCAUGGCCGUGGUUGGAGGAAAGUGCACCAACUGCAUGGAGGACGGAGUGGCCAAAGCCAAAGCGUGCAUCACGUCUGGGGUGAUCUUCAUUAUCGCAGCCCUACUUAUCUUGAUCCCAGUGUCGUGGUCGGCUCAUGCAGUGAUCAGGGACUUUUAUAACCCUCUGGUGAUUGCUGCUCAGAGGAGGGAGCUCGGAGCUGCACUUUAUAUCGGCUGGGGCUCCGCUGGGCUGCUGCUGCUGGGAGGAGGCCUGCUCUGCAACAACUGCCCCCCCAAAGACAGCAGACCCUACAUACCUGCCAAGUUUGCCCCUGCAAGAACCGCUUCGUCAAAUGUGGACUAUGUGUGAGUGUUUCAGUUACAAUUGCAAUCACUUUUUUUUUUGCUCAAUUCUGUUGAUUUCUCACUAAAAGGUUUCUGCCAACAAAAGAAAAAAAGUGUUCAUGUAGUUUAUUAUAAAAAACUUACAAUUUUUAAAUGACAGCACAUUAAAAUAUAUUGUCUUUUUUAAAUGUUUGAUUUUGGUUUUCUGGUUUAACGUGUGAAAUGAUGUCAAAGACACUGUGAAAGACUACUGUUCACAUCUGCUUUUAUCACUAAAAAUAUUUCCAGAACUGUGAAUUUAGGGGCUCAAAAACUAUAAGAUUUCUAUCAGACAAUGUUUUGGACAUAAAUACGUAUUCUUAGAAGUUAUACUAUUUCCAAAGACUGAGAAGAAACGGUGCACCAAAAUACAUGUGAAUACAGAAAACCUAAAAUGUAAUUGUUUUUUAGAUUGCUACCUAGAAAAGUUUUAAAGGUUGCAAUUAUUUUAAAUUGAAUAUUUGACCAUCUAAACAUGGACUGUAUAUAGUGAUUAAAUGAAGACUGUUGACAUAUUACUGUAGUUCAAAUGUGAUAAAAUAAAGCGU